UUCUUCACCGUCACCUGGUCACACUAAGCAGCAGCUGCAGAAAAACUCAAAUUCAUCCGAUUCGUCCUAGUAUAUGUAAAAAGAAAAGCUGUCUCCAGAAUUUCAGAUCACAUUAUGGAGGAACUACGCAAGCAUUUGUCAAAGAUAAACGUGCCCUGCGGCUCAGGAUCGGCGGCUCCGCCGAUCUAUAAGGACGAGUGCGUUUACUCGUACGACAACCCAGAGACGCCCACCGGCUUAUACGUGUGCCUGAAUAGCUUCCUGGGCUUUGGAGAGGCCUACGUGCGGGAGUACGCCUCUAAGACGGGCAACCAGGUGUUCCUUCACAUCCAACGGGUGAAAACUUUGAAAGAAGGUGCUGAUUGCAAUCCGGAGAUGGAGUCUGAGACCGAGGCUGGGCCGGAAAGAAAGAUCACACGUCUAGCCAUCGGAGUGGAGGGCGGAUACAAUGAGUCUGAUAUGGCCAAGAAGUACGAGAUUAAGGAUACCUACAGCAUCGUAGUGGCUCCUCAGUUGGACAAAAAGCUGCCCUACCCGGAUCCAGAGUUGCCUAUGCGCGUCACCCAGGCGGUGGAGGCCAUUUUGGCGGCCGACUCUGCCAUUUCCAAGCUGGAGAAGGCCACGCUGAUGGGCACAUGGGAUGGUGAGGUGCGACAGCCCUCCAAGUAUGCGGAGGACCUGCAGCAGCUGGAUAAUGGAAAGAAGAUACCUCCCUCCGGCUGGCAAUGUCAGAAGUGCGAUCUGACCAAUAACCUUUGGCUCAAUUUAACUGACGGUGCCAUUCUCUGCGGCCGCAAAUUCUUCGAUGGCAGCGGAGGCAAUGACCACGCCGUGGAACAUUACCGUGAAACGGGCUAUCCUCUGGCCGUUAAGCUGGGCACCAUUACUGCUGACGGCAAGUCGGACGUGUUUUCGUAUCCAGAGGACGACAUGGUGCUGGAUCCGCACUUGGAGCGGCACCUGUCCCACUUUGGCAUUAACAUGGCGGCGAUGAAGAAGAGCGAAAAGUCAAUGGUGGAGCUGGAGCUGGACAUCAAUCAGAGAAUCGGGGAGUGGUCGGCCUUGACCGAGAGCGAGAGCGAGCUGCAGCCUCUGGCCGGACCAGGUUACACAGGCAUGAAAAAUCUGGGCAACUCCUGCUACAUAAACAGUGUGAUGCAGGUCCUGUUCGUCAUCCCAGACUUCCAGCAGCGCUUUGUGGGCACCGGCGCCGAGCGCUAUUUCAGUCAGUUCCCCAACGACCCAGCCAAUGACUUUAAUAUUCAGAUGGCCAAGUUGGGAACGGGCCUGCAGUCCGGGAAGUACAGUAGCAUUGCUGCCAACACCCUGGACACGGAGCACGCCACGGGUAUUUCCCCAGCCAUGUUCAAAAACAUCGUGGGCAAGAACCACCCUGAUUUCAGUACCAAGCAACAGCAGGAUGCUAACGAUUUUUAUCUACAUUUACUCACCUUGCUGGACCGGAAUUCCAGGAAUCAGUCGAACCCAGCAGAUGCCCUGAAGUUCUUGCUGGAGGAUCGGGUGGAGUGCCUGGCCAGCCGCAAGGUCAAGUACAAGACUCGCGAGGAAUACAGCUUCCGACUGCCAAUUCCGCUGGAAAAAGCAACGAACUUGGAUGAGGUGAAGGAGUUCCAGGAGCGGGAGAAGGCGGCCCGUGAAAGCGGCCAGCGUUUGGUUGAGCGCGACAUCGUCAGACACAAGGUGCCUUUGGAGGCUUGCUUGGAACGCUUCUUCGGCCCAGAGCUGAUCGAGCAGUUCUAUUCGACUGCCAUUGAGGGAAAAACCAAUGCCAGAAAGACCACACGACUGGCCACCAUGCCCGACUGCCUGAUGAUCCACCUUGGAAAGUUUACCUUGGGCGACGACUGGGUGCCGAAGAAGCUGGAUGUUUCGGUGGACAUGCCGGAUCAACUGGAUCUGAGUAACUGGAAAUCCGCUGGAGGUCUGCAGGCUGGCGAAGAACCCCUACCAGAAACGGCGACGGAGGAAGUGAAGUUCGUUUUCGACGAGGCAGUUAUGUCGGAGCUUCUGACCAUGGGCUUCCCGCCAGAAGCCUGCAAACGGGCCUGCUUCCACACGAAGAAUACCGGCCUGGAGGCCGCCUCCAACUGGCUGAUGGAACACAUCGCCGAUGAGGAUAUUUCGGAACCGUUCGUAGUGCCCAACAACCAGAUUGGUGACUGUGCCGCAGAGCAGUUCGUGGCCAAUCCGGAGAGCCUGGCCAUGCUGAUGAGCAUGGGCUUUGAUGAGCGCCAGGCGGUAGCUGCUCUAAAGGCCACCGAUGGGAAUGUGGAACGCGCCACUGACUGGAUUUUCUCGCACGCCGAUUCCAUUGGCGUGGAAGAAGUCGCACCCGCCCCCGCUGCGCCAGCCUCGUCAGCCGGAAAUAGUAAGACCAACUAUAGAGAUGGCGGCGGAAAGUACAAGUUGGUGGCAUUUAUCUCGCACAUGGGCACCUCCUCUCAGGUGGGCCACUAUGUGUGCCACAUUCGCAAGCAGGGCGAGUGGGUCAUAUUCAACGACAGCAAGGUGGCCAAGUCGCAGAACCCGCCAAAGGACCUCGGCUACCUGUAUCUCUACAUGCGCGACGAGUAGCCAGUCCGAUCUCACAUUCAGUCCAAAACAUAAGUUUCCUUAUAUUGCCCCUUUUGAAUAUUAUUAUAUGCCCUGAAAACGGAAAUUAAGAAUAAAAUACACUUGCUACACAAA